AUGACUAGAAUGAGAAAACUCACCGCUGCCGCUGGUGCGGUUAUCGCCACCGCGUACGGUGGCACACUGAUCCUUCACAGUCCUUCAAUCUCCGCCAACGAUUUCGGAGGAGGUUCGCAUCUUGACGUUAUUCGGAAGAAGCUGCACGCUCCGGACGUUGUUGUUCCGUCGAGAGAAUCGCAGCAGUCGGCGUUGAUGGCUGCUAGUAAGGCGAAUCCGCUUGACAUUCUUGUCAUCGGUGGUGGUGCCACUGGUGCCGGCGCUGCACUUGAUGCCGUGACUCGUGGACUCAAUGUUGGGCUUGUGGAGCGGGAGGAUUUUGCUUCCGGAACUUCGUCGCGAUCCACCAAACUUCUUCAUGGAGGAGUUCGUUACUUGGAGAAAGCCGUCUUUAAUCUUGACUAUGGACAAUACAAGUUAGUACUUCAUGCACUUGAUGAGCGUAAACAGGUUAUUGAAAAUGCACCACACCUAUGCCAUGCAUUGCCGUGCAUGACACCGUGUUUUAGCUUGUUUGAAGUAGUGUACUACUGGGCGGGCUUGAAAAUGUAUGAUUUGGUCGCAGGAAGACAACUGCUGCACUUAUCAAGAUAUUAUUCCACAAAAGAGUCUGUUGAGCUCUUUCCCACUCUAGCAAAGGAGGGAAAGGAUAGAACCCUAAAGGGAACUGUUGUUUAUUAUGAUGGGCAGAUGAAUGAUUCACGGCUUAAUGUUGGACUGGCUUGCACUGCUGCUUUAGCUGGUGCGGCAGUGCUGAACCACGCCGAAGUGGUUUCCUUACUGAAGGAUGAUGCUGGAAAACGAAUAAUUGGUGCACGAGUUCGAGACAAUUUAACUGGCAAGGAGUUUGAUACAUAUGCAAAAGUGAUUGUGAAUGCAAGUGGCCCAUUUUGUGACGCUUUAAGGAAAAUGGCCGACAAAAAUGCACAAGAAAUGAUUGCUCCUAGCAGUGGUGUUCAUAUUAUACUCCCUGAUUAUUAUUCUCCCGAGGGAAUGGGCUUAAUUGUUCCUAAAACUAAAGAUGGACGUGUUGUUUUCAUGCUCCCUUGGAUGGGACGAACCAUCGCUGGUACUACAGAUUCUAGUACUAGCAUUACAUAUCUUCCAGAACCACAUGAAGAUGAAAUACAAUUUAUAUUGGAUGCAAUAUCUGAUUACCUUAACAUUAAGGUUCGGCGCACUGAUGUUCUUUCUGCUUGGAGUGGCAUACGUCCAUUAGCAGUGGAUCCAACAGCAAAGAGUACUGAGAGUAUCUCAAGGGAUCAUGUUGUCUGUGAAGAUUACCCUGGCUUGGUCACAAUCACUGGGGGCAAGUGGACUACCUAUCGCAGUAUGGCAGAAGAUGCUGUUAAUGCAGCUAUAAAGUCUGGAAAGCUGACUCCUGCCAAUGGAUGUGUGACCAACAAGCUUUGCAUAGUUGGUGGUGAAGGGUGGGAGCUUUCUUCUUUUACAAUUCUUGCUCAACAGUACAAGCGCAUGAAAAGUACACAUGGUGGUAAAGUUGUUCCUGGGAUAAUGGACUCUGCUGCUGCAAAGCAUUUGUCUCACGCAUAUGGAACAUUGGCUGAGCGAGUGGCUGCCAUUGCUCAGAAUGAAAAUUUGGGCAAGCGACUUGCCCACAGUUACCCGUAUCUCGAGGCAGAGGUAGCCUACUGUGCUCGUAAUGAAUAUUGUGAAUCUGCUAUUGAUUUCAUUGCAAGGAGAACUCGUCUUGCUUUUCUUGAUACGGAUGCAGCAAAAAGGGCAUUGCCUCGUGUGAUUGAGAUAUUGGCAAAUGAGCACAAAUGGGACGAUUCAAGGCAGAAGGAAGAGUUGCAGAAGGCUACAGAGUUUUUGAAGACCUUUAAAUCCUCAAAAAAUGCACAGUUUCAUGAUGGGAAGCACAACUAG